ACAUGGAGCACGAGCGUUCGCCUGAUGGAGAGCUGGGUCCUGACAGGAAGCGCCGUCGCAAGGUCCUUUCUUGUACGGAUUGCCGCAGAAGGAAAGUUCAAUGCGACAGAGCUCUCCCCGUGUGUGGGAGGUGCGAGAAGGCUGGCAAGCCGUGCUCGUAUGAAGACGAUAGCCCCUCUCAGCAUGCUUCUAUCGGGCAGAGUUCAUCUUUCAUUCCGCGACAACAAUCCGUGACUGUCAGCAGGGAUGUUUGGGAUGAUCUUUUUAACAGACUCCUACACCAGGAGCGGGUAAUCGAGCGCUUGCAGACUGCUUAUGCAAGUCCUGCCACUCCUGCCACAGUAUCAAUCGCCACACCUUAUGGUCAUGGAGCUGUCGAGACCCCUGGUGGCACUAGCGACUCCGCUGCAAAAGAAAGGAUAUUGUUUCGAGGGAAAGGAUUCAAGACGACAUUCUAUGGUCCAUCGGAUCCCAGGAGUGCGAUGACACUUAAUGCUCAUAACUUCUUUCGGGAAGAGAUCUCCCGCAACCCGGAACUUGUGCGUUGUAGGAGAGAUGUAGCGAAGCUACGUGAAGUUAAAAAGACGCUGGAUAAGCAAGAAGUGCUCUCACCGCAUAAACCUCUGAUCGCCUAUCUUCCCGAACGAAUCAAAGUUGAUCUGCUGGUCAGGAUUUAUCUGGACAACGUUGAUUGCACUUAUGCAAUACUCCACUUUCCUAGUUUUCAUCGAGAGUAUGAGGCAAUGUGGCGGGACCCGCUCAAUGCGAAAUCUGGUUUCGUGGCUACCGUGUUAUUGAUGAUGGCAUGUUGCCAAUGUCUUAUUCAGGGUCAACCACAAACCUACAUGGCCGACAGUCCAGUUUCCCGUGAAACAGCCAUAACUUUGAUCCGCGUAUGCGAGUCUUGGAUCGCUCGAUCAAGCCCAAAGCACACAGACUUGGCGUGGUUUCAAGUCCAGUGCCUUCUUUUGAUCGCCAAACAGACCCAUCAGGUGAAAGUCAAGCGACGAUGGGUCGAAUCUGGAAACCUGCUUCGGAUCGCCAUAUCUGCUGGUAUGCAUAGAGACCCAGAACUGCUGCAGAAGAAAACAUUGUCCUCGGUCUUUGAGCAUGAAAUGAGAAGAAGAAUAUGGGCUUUCAUUGUUGAAUGGGAUUUGCAAACAUCUGUCGACAGGGGUAUGCCAGCAACUUCCUCGGACGUCGCAAGUGACAUUGGUCCUCCCUCAAAUUUGCACGACACAGAUUUCGAUGAAUCGACCGUCGUUAUGCGGACAUCCAGAUCUCUCACUGAGAUGACAAAGAUGACAUUCAUGUGUCUAUCCUCUCGAAGUCGAGGCCUCAGAAGGAAGAUCAUAACUAUGUUCAACCAGCCUUUACAUCAGGUGUCGUUCGAAGAGGUGUUGGCCUCUACACAAGAACUCGAGUUGAGUCUAGCCUCCUUACCUCACUGGGCCGGGGACAGGCUCAGAGACUUGACAGCAUAUGAUCAAAGCAUUGCGCUGCUUCAUAUUCAGCUGGAGCAGUUUCUUGUCAUUCUACAUGCUCUGCAUGCUCGUCAGGCUGUGACUAAGACGCACAUCAAUUUCUCCAAGCAGGCAUUCAAAUCUGCCGCUGUCUCCAUUGUAGACAAACUUUCCGAGCUGUCGACCAAAGGUUUUAGAUUCCUAUUGAUGGUGCGAUCGGAUAUUCAAAGAGUCUUCACCAGCACACUGGCGCUAGGAAACACUGAUGACAAGGACCUAUGUACGCAAGAUCUGCGUAGCUUAGUCCAGCCCUUCCUUGAACUUGCAGAAAAGGUCCUUGACCUGUUCGAGGAGAAGAUCUUGAGCACCGGUGGUAUCCAGUGGACUCACGCCUUUGUGAUUUUCGACAUGCUUGUAUGCAAGAUCAGUCCACUCGGCCAAAACAUACCGUCUCGACCCGGCAGUGGCAGGCUCUACAGUAUCUGCAAAAAGAUCAUGGACCAUCAAGAUCCAGAGUUCUCAGUUAGGAUCGCGGCCUUGAAAGACUCUGUACCGACUCCGACAAAGAUCAAGCAACGGAUCGACGGCAAGACAGCUGCGUCCAUGGAAAGCGACGGGACUCGGCAGGCAGUUACCACCGAUAACGACUUCGUCUCAGACUUCAGCUAUUCCGAUAUGCUGGACUGGAACUUUGAUGAUUGGAUAUUAUACACCGACACAUUCUGGUCGCCACAAAACAUGACCCUUCCAUCAUUAUCAGAGCAGAUUCCGAAU